UGGCGUAGCGAUGUGGACGGACUGGGGUCGCAGUUGCGGGCACGGAGAAGUUCAGAAACCAGGCAUUGUGGACUUUUUGUAUACAAUUGAGGAAACAUACUAACGGAAAUCCCUAUUUCUCGUCGAGCAGAGAUUUGGCUCAUCAGUGAUUAAAGAUGAUGGCUGAUGCCAGCGACAUGUUGGCAGCUGCCCUGGAGCAGAUGGACGGCAUUAUAGCAGGCUCCAAGGCCCUGGACUACUCCAACGGGCUGUAUGACUGCCAGUCACCCACCUCUCCUUUCAUGGGCAGCCUGCGGGCGCUUCACCUCUUGGAAGAUCUCAGGAGUGUCCUGGAGUUAAUGGACACAGAGGAAAGGGAGAGUCUACGCUGCCAGAUCCCUGACUCCACAGCUGAUAGUCUGGUUGAGUGGCUCCAUGGUCACCUGUCCAACGGGCACAUCUCUCUGAGCGGGGGUGACCACUACCAGGAAAGACUUUCCCGAAUAGAGAGCGAUAAGGAGUCUCUGGUUCUUCAGGUGAGUGUGCUGACAGACCAGGUUGAAGCUCAGGGAGAGAAGAUUCGAGACCUGGACUUGUGUUUGGACGAGCACAGGGAGAAACUCAACGCCACUGAGGAGAUGCUGCAACAGGAGCUUCUGUGCAGAACUACACUGGAGAACCAGAAGCUAGAACUGAUAUCUGAAGUGUCCAACUUAAAGCUGAAACUGAAUAACAUGGAGAAGGACAGACUUGACUUUGAUGACAGAUUUAGGGACAGCGAGGAUUUGAUUCUUGAAAUUAAUGAACUUCGGUACAGACUGACAGACCUGGAAAGUGAAAAACUACAGUACGAAAAGAAACUUAAAUCCACAAAGUCGCUAAUGGCCAAGCUUUCUAGCCUGAAAAUCAAAAUGGGCCAGAUGCAGUAUGAGAAACAGAGGAAGGAGCACAAACUCCAGGCUAUGAAGGAGGAGCUAGCCAUGCUGAGGAGGCAGCUGGAGGGCAGAGACGGAGAGAUGAGGAGACUACAGGACGAGACAGGCUUCAAAGCCAUCGCCCCGAGCAGUUCAGAUCCCUUAGAGAGAGUCUCUCAUCCAGAUGAAACUCUUAGAAAGAGGCUGAAAGAGAAACAUGUGGAAGUGCAGAGAAUGAAAAAGGCAGUGGAAUCAUUGAUGGCAGCCAAUGAAGAGAAGGAUCGCAAGAUUGAUGAACUAAAGCAGUCGCUGCUGCGGUAUAAGAAAGUUCAAGAGAUGGUGAUGUCAGUGCAGGGAAAGAAAGAGAAAAGCAAAGAUAACGAGCAACUCGAGAGUUUUAAUGAUGGAUCCAUCGUGUUGUUUUCAAACAAACCUGUGUCUGGGGAGUUUGAAAAGUAUGAAGUAAUGGAUCUUGAACAACUGAAAAGGAGAAGCCCAGAUGAGUUGGAGAGCCUUAAUGGACUGAGUGACGAGCCCUCUCCCACACCCAGUCCUUCAGAUCCAGAAGGAAUAUCAGAGUCUGGACCAACAGAUGUAGAAAGCAGCCAAAAUGUCAUAAAGACUGGCAGCCAGGACCAGCUGGAUAAGAGCAAUAAUGAAAAGAAUACAAGUGAAGAGAUCAGUAACCUCAGUGAAAAGCCACCCAUAGGUCCCUCAGCCACCUUGCCUCCCACCCUGCCUGCCCCCACAGAGGAUGACAGCUUUGGCUCGAGAAAGGCUCGUUCAUCCUUUGGGAAGGGCUUCUUUAAGAUCCGUGGGGGCAAGAAGACAUCCAGCACCCCUAACCUCGACCGCAGCCGGAGUGCAAGUGCGCCUAUGCUAGCUGAAACAGAGCGACAGGGCACUGACCAUCUGGAUCUGGCCGGGCUGCCACAGAGAUCGGCCAACAGCGACAGCACCCACACACUCCCUACGACCCCAGAGGGCAAGAAAAAAUCCAAAGGGAUAAAAAAACUCUUUGGGAAGCUAAAAAGGAGUCAGUCCACCACAUUUAACCUGGACGACAACCUACCAGAGGGAGAGUUCAAGAGGGGUGGAGUGCGAGCCACAGCGGGCCCCAGACUGGGUUGGUCUCGUGACCUCCACAGAGCCAACAAUGAUGUUGAUGCUCCCUUUGCCCGCUGGUCAAAGGAUCAGGUGUGUGACUGGCUGCAGGGGCAGGGUCUCGGUCUUUAUGUCAACAUGGCUCGUGUAUGGAUCUCCUCUGGACAGACACUGCUACAAGCCUCACAACAGGACCUGGAGAGGGAGCUUGGCAUCAAACACCCGCUGCACAGAAAGAAGCUGCAGCUGGCUCUGCAGGCCCUUGGCUCAGAGGAGGAGGAUAAUAAGGGAAAGCUGGACUACAACUGGGUGACGAGAUGGCUGGAUGACAUCGGCCUGCCCCAGUAUAAGACCCAGUUUGAUGAGGGGAGGGUGGAUGGUCGCAUGCUGCACUACAUGACAGUGGAUGAUCUGCUUUCUCUGAAAGUGGGGAGCGUCCUGCAUCACCUCAGUAUCAAGAGAGCUAUCCAAGUGCUCCGGCUCAACAACUAUGAGCCCAACUGCUUGCGUCGUAGGCCGUCUGACGAGAACAAUAUUUCUCCAGCAGAGAUAUCCCAGUGGACCAACCAUAGGGUGAUGGAGUGGCUGCGGUCUGCGGACCUUGCUGAAUACGCUCCCAACCUGAGAGGCAGCGGUGUGCACGGAGGCCUGAUGGUUCUGGAGCCACGGUUCAACGUGGAGACUAUGGCUUUGCUGCUGAACAUCCCCCCCAACAAGACGCUGCUGCGCCGCCACCUCGCCACACAUUUCAACCUGCUCAUCGGCUCGGAGGCCCAGCAACUUAAACAGGAGUGUCUGGAAAACCCAGACUACACUCUGCUGACUGCCACCACUAAAGUCAAGCCGAGGAAACUGUCAUUUGGUAACUUUGGUAGUCUGAGGAAGAAAAAGCAGGAGGAGAGCGAGGAGUAUGUGUGUCCGAUGGAUGUGGAGAUGCCAAAGGGACGAAGCUUUCAGAAAGGUUUCGAGCUCCAGAUCUACGAGGACGACCUUGACAGGCUGGAACAGAUGGAGGACUCUGAGGGAACUGUGAGACAGAUUGGAGCUUUCUCUGAGGGCAUUCAAAACCUGACGAGCAUGCUAAAAGAUGAUGAAUUCUUCAAAGAGGCUUCAAAUUCACCGAACCCCAGUGUAACAGACGAUGACUCCAACGCAUGAGACUGUCAGCACCAUGAGACCUGGUCCUGCUGUGAAUGAAACUCUGUGCCAAUUCUCUCCACUUGCACACAGACUUCUCAACAAAAACCCCAAGAAUGCUCCCACAUUUCUUUUUGUAGUGUUACAUUCAAAGAUGAGCCAAAAGUAUUACAGUGUCUCUUUUAUUUCAGUUUUCAACGAUGGUGUUGCGUCAGCCUUCAGUCCAGUAGCCACUAUCACUCCUGAACUUUGUCUCCAUUACUGUCACCUGAUGACAGAGGGAACUUUUAGGGCAACACCACUGCUUGCCUGCCAGCUGGUUUCUGGAGAGAUUUUAUACUGUGUACUGGCAUAUUUCUAUUUAUAAUAGAAAACAAGUGUCAACCAGCAGAAAAACAUCUGAAUAUGCCAAUAUAGAUUUUAAUAUAUGUCUUUUAAAUUGUCUUCUGACUGUAGAAAUAAUGCAAAAAACGAGAUCAUUCAGUAGUGAUAUGCUGAGAAGAUUUCCCCAUUUCUAGAAGUUGGUGUAAAGUAACUCAAAAACAGCUGCUAUACUUUCUACAGAGUUAACCACUGCUAAUUAAGUGGGAACUGUCAUAUAUUUUAUCCCACGCUGAACAUUUUACAGGUUUUCACUCAACAGUAAUAUUCUACACGUAUUUGCACCAAUACAUAUCAUACAGUACACAUGAAUAUCAUUGCAAGGUAUUGGAAUUCAACACAUUUAUGCAAGAGGUUGUUGUUUAUUUUAUUGUUACCAUAAAAUUAUUUUUAAUGGAACCCAGUUGGCUGACUCAAAGUUAUUUUUGAAAAAAGUGUUGUGGAAUAUUUAGAUUUGUUAGAUAAGUCAGUUUCCUUUUUACCCCAAAAUAAUAAUGUUAUAAUGCAACCCUCUGCCAUACAUGAGAAGUUGAACAGUUUUGUUGGGUUGUGUUUACUUUGUUUGUUUUUUUACGUUUAUUCAUUUCUAAGAUCAAUAAAGUAAUUUAAAUAAA